AGACAAGCCUUUUCCCAUAUCUCUCAAGGUUUAGCUGUUAAAGCCUCGGGAGGAUGGCAGAGGGUGGAGAUGGAGAGGAAGAGAUUCAGUUCCUGCGCACAGAUGAUCAGGUGGUGCUGCAGUGUACGGCAUCUAUUCUCAAGGAACAGAUCAAGCUGUGUCUGUCGUGCGAAGGGUUUGGGAAUCGUCUGUGUUUCCUCGAGACCACCUCGAACGCCCAGAAUGUCCCUCCAGAUCUUGCCAUCUGCUGCUUCAUUCUGGAGCAGUCCCUGUCUGUGCGGGCAUUGCAGGAGAUGCUGUCCAACUCUUCUGUGGAUGAGUCGUCACAGGGUGGGGGUCACCGAACCCUGCUGUAUGGACAUGCCAUCCUCCUGAAACACGCUCACUCCAGCAUGUACUUGAGCUGUUUGACUACUUCACGCUCUCUGACAGACAAGUUGGCUUUUGAUGUGGGCUUGCAGGAAGACUCCACAGGAGAGGCCUGCUGGUGGACCAUCCACCCAGCCUCCAAACAAAGGUCUGAAGGCGAGAAGGUCAGGGUGGGAGAUGACCUCAUUCUUGUCAGUGUUUCUUCAGAGCGAUACCUGCAUCUGUCCUACGCCAGCGGUGACUUGAUGGUAGAUGCCUCCUUCAUGCAAACGCUGUGGACCAUGACUCCUGUGAUGUCUGGAUGUGAGCUUGCAGAAGGUUUUCUGAUCGGAGGGUACGUCAUCAGGCUGUUCCAUGGUCACAUGGACGAGUGUUUGGCAAUCCCAGCAGCUGACCAAGGGGAUGAUCAGCGCAGGGUUGCUCAUUAUGAAGGAGGGCCUGUGUGCAGUCACGCUCGAUCCUUAUGGAGACUCGAGCCACUACGAAUCGCUUGGAGCGGAGGUCACAUUAAAUGGGGCCAGUCUUUCCGGAUACGUCACAUAACAACCGGCAGAUAUCUUUGUCUGGAUGAGGAGAAAGGACUGCUGCUGGUGGACGCUGAGAAGGCAAAUUCCAAGAUGUCCGCCUUCUGCUUCAGAAUAUCAAAGGAGAAAAUUGAAGUGGCCCAGAAGCGAGAUGUGGAAGGCAUGGGCACGCCUGAGAUUAAGUAUGGAGAGUCCAUGUGCUUCGUACAACACGUUUCAUCUGGCCUCUGGCUCACAUAUGCUGCUGUUGAUGCCAAAUCUGCCCGUCUGGGUCCUCUAAAGAGAAAGGCCAUUCUCCAUAAAGAAGGCCACAUGGAUGAUGCACUCACAGUGGCUCGAUCUCAGACUGAAGAGUCCCAAGCUGCCAGAAUGAUUUACAGCACAACAGGCCUCUUCAACCAGUUCAUCAAAGGUCUAGAUGCCCUAAGUGGGAAAAACAAAUCCGCCAACCCCCCAUCUCUGCCCAUGGACACAGUGGUGCUGUCCCUGCAGGACCUCAUUUUCUACUUCCGACCCCCCGAGGAGGAGCUGGAGCACGAGGACAAACAGUUCAAGCUUCGCUCCCUCAAGAACCGACAGAACCUCUUUCAGGAAGAGGGGAUGAUAACUCUUGUCCUGGACUGUGUUGAUCGGCUCAAUGUCUACAACACAGCCGCCCACUUCUCAGAGUAUGCUGGGGAAGAAGCGGCUGAGUCAUGGAAGGAGAUAGUAAAUUUACUGUAUGAAUUGCUCGCCUCUUUGAUCAGAGGUAACCGUACGAACUGUGCCCUCUUCUGUGAUAACCUCGACUGGCUGGUCAGUAAAUUGGAUCGUUUGGAGGCAUCCUCAGGAAUCCUGGAGGUGUUAUAUUGUGUUCUAAUUGAGAGUCCAGAGGUGCUGAAUAUCAUCCAGGAGAAUCACAUCAAAUCAAUCAUCUCUUUGCUGGAUAAGCAUGGACGCAAUCAUAAGGUCUUGGAUGUGCUCUGUUCUCUCUGUGUGUGUAAUGGAGUGGCUGUCAGGUCAAAUCAGAAUCUCAUCACAGAGAACCUGCUUCCAGGUCGUGACCUCCUACUUCAAACCAACAUUAUCAAUUAUGUAACCAGCAUGAGACCCAACGUGUUCCUCGGAACUUGUGAAGGAUCCACUCAGUAUAAGAAGUGGUACUUCGAGGUGAUGGUGGACCACGUGGAGCCGUUCCUUACAGCUCAGCCAUAUCACCUGCGUGUGGGCUGGGCUCUGACGGAGGGCUACAGUCCUUACCCCGGUGGAGGGGAAGGUUGGGGGGGCAAUGGGGUUGGGGAUGACCUCUACUCCUACGGUUUUGACGGACUGAACCUCUGGUCAGGGCGUGUUCCGCGUCAUGUUGCAACACCCAAUCAGCACAUCUUAGCUGCAGAGGACGUGGUCAGCUGCUGUUUGGAUCUGAGCGUGCCCAGUAUUUCCUUCCGCAUCAAUGGGCAUCCUGUUCAGGGCAUGUUUGAGAACUUCAACCUGGACGGCCUGUUCUUUCCUGUUGUCAGCUUCUCUGCAGGCGUUACGUUGCGAUUUCUCCUCGGAGGGCGUCAUGGGGAUUUUAAGUUCCUCCCACCUCCAGGCUACGCUCCAUGCUAUGAAGCAGUGCUGCCGAGGGACCGUUUGCGGAUUGAGCCCAUCAAGGAGUAUAAGCAUGAUUUCGAUGGCGUCCGCAACCUGUUGGGUCCAACUCAGUCCCUCUCACAUACCGCCUUCACUCCUUGCCCUGUGGACACCAUCCAGAUUGUGCUUCCCCCUCAUUUGGAGCGCAUUCGGGAGAAGCUUGCAGAAAAUAGCCACGAGUUAUGGGCUGUUACUCGCAUUGAACAAGGGUGGACCUUUGGCCCAUUUCGUGAUGACAACAAGAAGCUGCAUCCCUGCCUGGUAGAUUUCCAGAGUCUGCCUGAACCAGAGAAGAACUACAAUUUAGCAAUGUCAGGAGAGACACUCAAGACUCUGCUGGCACUAGGCUGUCAUGUAGGAAUGGGAGAUGAAAAAGCAGAGGAGAACCUAAAAAGGACCAAGCUCCCCAAAACUUACAUGCAGAGUAGUGGGUAUAAGCCAGCCCCUCUGGACCUCAACCAUGUUAAGCUGACUCCUAAUCAGAACACUCUGGUGGAGAGACUGGCAGAAAACGGACACAAUGUGUGGGCAAGAGACCGGGUUCGCCAGGGCUGGACAUACAGUAUUGUGCAGGACAUAAUGAACAAGCGCAAUCCCCGUCUGGUUCCUUACAACCUACUGGAUGAAAAGACUAAAAAGACCAACAGAGACACAGUUUGCGCAGCUGUUCGCACUCUCAUCGGAUAUGGUUACAACAUAGAACCACCUGACCAGGAGAGUGGGGAUGGACCAGGCAGUGCCCGUGGAGAUAAGAUCAGAGUGUUCAGAGCAGAGAAAUGUUAUGGUGUCACACAGGGGAAGUGGUACUUCGAGUUUGAGGCUGUGACAGUUGGGGAGAUGAGAGUGGGCUGGGCCAGGCCCAGUGUUCGCGCAGACACUGAACUUGGUGCGGAUGAGUUGGCGUACGUCUUCAAUGGCUUCAAGGCCCAACGUUGGCAUGUGGGAAAUGAGCCAUUUGGUCGUCAGUGGCAAUCUGGUGAUGUGGUGGGUUGCAUGAUUGACCUCACAGAGAUGAACAUCAUGUUUACACUUAAUGGAGAAAUGUUAAUCAGUGACUCAGGCUCCGAGAUGGCCUUUAAGGAUAUCGAGAUAGGAGAGGGUUUCAUACCUGUGUGCAGUCUCGGCCUGUCGCAGGUUGGAAGGAUCAACUUGGGACAAAAUGUCAGCAGCCUACGUUUCUUUACCAUCUGUGGCCUGCAAGAGGGGUUUGAACCGUUUGCUAUCAACAUGAAGAGAGACAUUACCAUGUGGUUCAGCAAGAGCCUUCCCCAGUUCAUCACUGCGCCUACUGAUCAUCCUCACAUGGAGGUGUCCCGGGUUGAUGGGACAGUUGAAACUCCGCCUUGUCUCAAAGUGACCCACAAGACAUUUGGAUCCCAGAACGCCAACACAGAUCUGCUGUUCUUAAGACUCAGCAUGCCAGUUGAGUUUCAUGAGACGUUCAAAGUCCCAGCGGGGACCACCCUUCUCACUCGAGCCCUUACCAUUCCUGAGGAUGAGGUCUUAGAGGUAGACCCAGACUCUGACUUUGAAAUACUCAAGAAGUCAGCUACUCGCAAAGAGCAGGAGGAGGAGAAGAAAGAACCCUCUGUGCCCAAAGAGAUCCCUGCCAUCAAAAAUGGAGAGAACGAGAAGGAUGCCUCAACUGAGAAAAGCAAGAAGAAAGGAUUCCUUUUCAAGGCUAAGAAGGCUGCACUGAUAACUCCACCCCCUGUUGUUCCCACCAUGCCACGUUUAGUGGAGGAUGUGGUGCCGGAUGACAGGGAUGAUGUCGACAUCAUCCUCAACACCACCACAUACUAUUAUUCUGUGCGAGUGUUUGCGGGGCAGGAGCCCAGUGGCGUGUGGGUGGGCUGGAUCACACCAGACUAUCACCAGUAUGACCCUCAUUUUGACAUCAGCAAAGUGAGAAAUGUAACAGUCACUGUAGGUGAUGAUAAAGGCAACAUCCAUGACAGUAUAAAACGCAGUAACUGCUACAUGGUAUGGGGAGGGGAGUUCAGCAGCUCCCAGCAGACCCGCGUCAGUCAAGAGGAUUUUGUGAUCGGCUGUCUGAUUGAUUUGGACACAGGACUCAUGACUUUCACUGCUAAUGGAAAAGAGAUCAACACAUUUUACCAGGUGGAGCCCAACACAAAACUGUUCCCAGCUGUCUUUGUUCUUCCUUCCAGUCAAAAUAUGAUUCAGUUUGAGCUCGGCAAGCUCAAGAACAUUAUGCCGAUCUCCACCGCCAUGUUCCGGAGUGAACGCAAGAACCCUGUCCCCCAGUGCCCUCCUAGACUGGAUGUCCAGAUGUUAACACCAGUCAUCUGGAGCCGUAUGCCCAACCACUUCCUGGCUCCGGAGACUGGGCGUGUUAGUGAGAGACUGGGCUGGAUUGUGCAGUGUCAGGAGCCACUCACCAUGAUGGCCCUCCACAUCCCAGAAGAGAACAGGUGCAUUGACAUCCUGGAGCUGUCGGAACGUAUGGACCUGCUGAAGUUUCACUAUCAUACUCUCAAGCUAUAUGGCUCAGUGUGUGCUUUGGGAAACAACCGGGUGGCUCACGCCCUGUGCAGCCAUGUGGAUGAAUCCCAGCUCUUCUACGCCAUAGAGAACACCUACCUACCUGGACCAAUGAGGAGCGGCUUCUAUGACCUGCUCAUCAGCAUGCACCUGGAGUCUGCCAAGAGGAACCGGCUGGGAACCAACAAGGAAUUCAUAGUUCCAAUGACGGACGAAACACGCAGUAUCACUCUGUACACAGAGAAAUCUCAUGCUCUACCCGGGGUCGGCCUCACCACAUGUCUGCGUCCAAAACUCCAUUUCUCUUCCAUUGGCUUUGUGGGAACAGAUCCAGACAUAUACACUCUGAGUCCAGUCAUCCCCUUACAGGUGCUAAAGACCAAGGCCCUGAACAUGCUGACUGAGGCUGUGCAAGAUGGAGGUCAAGCCAUGAGAGAUCCUGUGGGAGGAAGCGUUGAGUUUCAUUUUGUUCCAAUCCUGAAGCUCAUCAGUACCCUGCUCAUCAUGGGUGUGUUUGAUGACGAAGAUGUCACACACAUUCUGAAGAUGCUCGAGCCCACAGUCUUCACCGUGGAGGAAGAGGAAGAGGAAUUUGAGGAUGAUGGUUUAGGUGAAGAGGAGGAGGAGGGUGAAGAAAUGGAGGAAGAGGAAGAACUAGAGAAUGCAGAAGCAAAAGGAGCUGAGGAAACAGAGAAAGAGAAACCUGCAGAGACAGCUGGGGAGAAUAAAGACGAACAACUAGAGCAAGGACUUUUCCAGAUGAAGCUACCAGAGUCUGUCAAACUGCAGAUGUGUACUCUACUGCAGUAUUUCUGUGACUGUGAGCUACGUCACAGAGUGGAGGCCAUCACUGCUUUUUCAGACCAGUUUGUCAGCCAAAUACAGUCCAACCAGAGGCAGCGCUACAAUGAACUUAUGCUGGCCUUCACCAUGAGUGCAGCCGAGACCGCCCGCAAGACCCGUGAAUUUCGCUCCCCACCACAGGAGCAGGUCAACAUGCUCAUGAACUUUAAGAACUGCGCAGAGGAUGAAGAGUGCCCCGUUCCCGAUGAGGUCCGCGAGUCUAUGCUGACUUUUCACAAUGCUCUGCUGGCUCACUGUGGUGUUCAUAUUGAAGAAGAAGAAGAAGAGGAAGAAGUGGAUAAUUCUGUCCGUGGACGACUGCUCCGUUUGUUGGAAAAAGUGAAAAAAUUCCGUGAGAAGAAGGUAGAGGUGGAGCCUGAGCCACAGGAAGAUAAAAAACCAAGCACAUUGCAGGAGCUCAUUUCUCACACUAUGAUCCACUGGGCCCAGGAGUCAUUUAUCCAGAACCCUGAGCUAGUGCGCAUGAUGUUCAGCCUCCUUCACAGGCAGUAUGAUGGGCUGGGUGAGCUCAUGCGUGCCCUUCCCAAAGCCUACACCAUCAACGCAGUGUCCAUUCACGACACAAUGGACCUGCUGGAGUGCUUAGGCCAGAUCCGCUCACUGCUUAUUGUCCAGAUGGGUCCGGAAGAGGAGAGGCUGAUGAUUCAAAGCAUCGGGAACAUCAUGAGUAACAAAGUUUUUUAUCAGCACCCCAACUUGAUGCGAGCUCUAGGCAUGCAUGAAACUGUCAUGGAGGUCAUGGUUAACGUACUGGGCGGUGGGGACUCAAAGGAGAUCAGAUUCCCUCGAGUGGUGACAAACUGUUGCCGUUUUCUCUGCUAUUUCUGUCGCAUCAGUCGUCAGAAUCAGCGUUCCAUGUUUGACCACCUCAGCUACCUUCUGCAGAACAGUGGCAUCGGCCUUGGAAUGCGGGGCUCCACCCCCCUGGACGUGGCUGCAGCCUCUUGUAUCGACAACAACGAGCUGGCAUUGGCUCUCCAAGAACAGGACUUAGAAAUGGUGGUGAAGUAUUUAGCUGGAUGUGGACUUCAGAGCUGUCCAAUGCUACUGGCUAAAGGCUACCCUGACAUUGGCUGGAAUCCUUGUGGUGGAGAGAAAUACCUUGACUUUCUUCGCUUUGCUGUAUUUGUCAAUGGAGAGAGCGUAGAAGAGAACGCUAAUGUAGUGGUCCGUCUCCUCAUUCGCCGGCCUGAGUGCUUUGGUCCAGCCCUGAGAGGGGAGGGUGGUAAUGGUCUGCUGGCUGCAAUAGAAGAGGCCAUCAAAAUAUCAGAGGACCCUGCAAGAGAUGGCCCCAGUGUUAAGAAAGACAGGCGCUUUCCCAUGUUUGGAGGAGAGGAGCAGCAUGAGGAGAACAGGGUGCACCUGGGAAAUGCCAUCAUGUCCUUCUACUCUGCCCUUAUUGACUUGCUGGGACGUUGCGCUCCAGAGAUGCACUUGAUCCAGGCUGGUAAGGGUGAAGCUCUGAGAAUCAGGGCCAUCCUAAGGUCUCUCGUACCCAUUGAGGAUCUGGUGGGAGUCAUCAGCCUUCCUGUUCAAAUUCCGUCUUUUGGAAAAGACAACAGCAUCAUAGAACCAAAGAUGUCAGCUAGUUUUGUGCCGGAUCACAAGGCUCCCAUGGUUCUGUUCCUGGACAGAGUUUAUGGUAUUGACAACCAGGAUUUCCUGCUCCAUGUGCUGGAGGUGGGCUUUCUGCCUGACAUGAGGGCCGCUGCCUCUCUGGACACGGUUGCCUUCAGCACCACAGAGAUGGCCCUUGCUUUGAACCGCUACCUCUGUUCCGCUGUGCUGCCACUCAUCACCAAGUGUGCCCCGCUCUUUGCUGGCAGUGACCACCGGGCCAUAAUGAUUGACUCCAUGUUGCACACAAUCUACCGGCUAUCUCGUGGACGAGCCUUCACAAAGGCCCAAAGAGACAUCAUUGAAGAGUGCCUCAUGGCUCUGUGCAAACAUCUACGUCCAUCUAUGCUUCAGCACUUACUGAGACGGCUGGUGUUUGAUGUACCCAUUCUCAAUGAGUACGCCAAAAUGCCGCUGAAGCUUUUGACCAAUCACUAUGAGCGGUGUUGGAAGUAUUAUUGCCUCCCUAAUGGUUGGGCCAACUUUGGAGUUGCGUCAGAAGAGGAGCUGCAUCUGACCCGCAAACUGUUUUGGGGGAUCUUUGAAUCGCUAGCACACAAGAAAUUUGAUGCUGAGAUUUUCAAAAUUUCAAUGCCAUGCAUCUGCGCCAUUGCUGGGGCCAUUCCUCCAGACUACGUUGACGCCAGCUACUCCUCCAAAACCGAGAAAAAGGCAUCAGUAGAUGCAGAGGGAAACUUUGAUCCAAAACCUGUAGAAACCGCUAACACGAUCAUCCCUGAGAGACUGGAUCCCUUUAUCAACAAAUAUGCGGAAUAUACACAUGAUAAAUGGGCCUUUGAAAAGAUCCAGAACAACUGGUCGUACGGUGAGGCGCUGGAUGAAAAUGCAAAAACUCAUCCCAUGCUGAGGCCAUACAAAACGUUCUCAGAGAAGGACAAAGAGAUCUACCGUUGGCCAAUCAAAGAGUCAAUCAAAGCCAUGAUUGCAUGGGAGUGGAACAUAGAUAAAGCUAGAGAGGAAGAAGAGUCAGAGAAGAAGAAGGCAGCAUCCCGAAAAAUCUCACAGACCGCUCAGGCAACAUACGACCCAAGCCAUGGCUACAGUCCACAGCCCAUUGACAUUACACACAUGGCUCUUUCAAGAGACUUGCAGUCUAUGGCAGAGCAACUGGCAGAAAAUUACCAUAACACCUGGGGACGGAAGAAAAAGCUGGAGCUGCAGUCCAAAGGAGGUGGAACGCAUCCCCUGCUGGUGCCAUAUGACACUCUGACGGCGAAAGAAAAGGCACGAGAUAGAGAGAAGGCUCACGAGCUGCUCAAAUUCCUGCAGCUUAAUGGAUAUGCUGUCACAAGGGGCCUGAAAGAUAUGGAGUCUGACAUCUCAUCCAUCGAGAAGAGAUUCGCUUAUGGUUUCCUGCAGAAGCUGUUGAAAUGGAUGGAAAUUGCCCAGGAGUUCAUUGCUCAUCUUGAGGCUGUGGUGAGCAGUGGACGAGUGGAAAAGUCUCCUCAUGAGCAGGAAAUCAAAUUCUUUGCCAAGAUCUUGAUGCCUCUAAUCAACCAGUAUUUCAAAAACCACUGCCUGUACUUCUUGUCAACACCUGCAAAAGUUCUGGGCAGUGGUGGACAUUCAUCCAAUAAGGAGAAGGAGAUGAUUGCAAGUAUCUUCUGUAAAAUGUCCGCUCUGGUGAGACACAGAGUUUCUCUCUUUGGAACGGAUGCGCCAGCAAUUGUUAACUGUCUUCACAUCCUGGCACGGUCGUUGGAUGCAAGGACAGUAAUGAAGUCAGGGCCUGAGAUUGUGAAAGCAGGGCUGCGGUCAUUCUUUGAGAGUGCUGCUGAUGAUAUCGAGAAGAUGGUAGAGAACCUUAAACUGGGCAAAGUAUCCAAAGGCAAUCAGCAAGUGAAAGGCGUGUCCCAGAACAUUAACUACACAACCAUCGCCCUGCUCCCAGUGCUUACCUCCCUGUUUGAUCACAUCGCUCAGCACCAGUUUGGAGAUGAUGUUAUCCUGGAUGAUCUACAAAUGUCGUGCUAUCGCAUCAUGUGUAGCAUCUACUCCCUGGGCACUGUCAAGAAUCCACAUGUUGAGAGGCAGAGACCAGCCCUUGGAGAGUGUUUGGCUCACCUUGCAGCAGCUAUGCCAGUGGCCUACUUAGAGCCCCAUCUAAAUGAAUUCAACGCUUUCUCUGUCUACACCACAAAGACACCCAGGGAGAGAGCCAUCUUGGGCCUUCCCAAUGAAGUCCAGGAAUUAUGUCCAGACAUUCCAGAGCUGGAUGCUCUGCUGAAGGAAAUUGGAGACUUGGCAGAGUCAGGGGCUCGUUAUACUGAGAUGCCCCAUGUGAUUGAAAUCACUCUGCCCAUGCUGUGUAACUACCUGCCUCGCUGGUGGGAGAGAGGGCUUGAGAACUUCCCCGAGAUAGAGGGCCGGCUCUGCACCGACGUCACAUCAGAACACCUCAAUCAGCUGCUGGGCAGCAUCAUGAAAAUUGUAGUCAACAACUUGGGUAUCGAUGAGGCCUCUUGGAUGAAGAGGUUGGCCGUGUUUUCACAGCCCAUUGUCAGCAGGGCAAAGCCAGAAAUGCUCAAGUCCCACUUUAUCCCAACAAUGGAGAAGCUGAAGAAACGUACCUCAAAGGUGGUCGCUGAAGAGGACCAUUUGCGGAUGGAGGGGAAACCAGAGGGAGACGAGGAAGACGGCACCAUACGUGAUGAGUUUGCUGUCCUCUGUAGAGACUUGUAUGCCCUCUACCCUCUCCUUAUUCGCUAUGUGGACAACAACAGGGCAAGAUGGCUGACAUGCCCAGACCCAGAUGCAGAGGAGCUCUUCCGAAUGGUUGGAGAGGUCUUUAUUUUCUGGUCCAAAUCUCAUAACUUCAAGCGAGAGGAGCAAAACUUUGUGGUGAUGAAUGAGAUCAAUAACAUGUCAUUCCUCACCGCUGACAGCAAGAGCAAAAUGAGCAAGGGCGGGGACUCAGAGGGUGGAGGCUCAGAUACCGAACGUACCAAGAAGAAAAGACGGGGAGACCGUUACUCUGUGCAGACUUCACUUAUUGUGGCUGCCUUGAAAAAGAUGCUCCCCAUAGGCCUGAACAUGUGCUCUCCCGCCGAUCAGGAGCUUAUCAACCUGGCCAAGAUCAGAUACUCUUUGCGAGAUACUGAUGAAGAAGUAAGAGAGUUCCUGCAGAACAACCUUCAUCUUCAGGGCAAGGUGGACAACCCGUCCAUGCGCUGGCAGAUGGCCCUGUACAAGGAGAUGGCAGGGAAAGCUGAAGAUGCUGACGCUCCAGUGAAAGUUGUCAAGAGAGUGCAGGAGGUCUCUGCUGUCCUCUACCACCUUGAAGUGACGGAGCACCCAUUUAAAUCCAAGAAGAUGGUGUGGCACAAGCUGUUGUCCAAGCAGAGACGCAGGGCUGUGGUGGCUUGCUUUAGGAUGACACCACUAUACAACAUUCCAAGGCACAGAGCUUCAAACAUGUUCCUCGAGGGAUACAAACGCAACUGGCUUCACACUGAGGGUUACUCGUUUGAAGACAGGAUGAUAGACGACUUAUCUAAAGCAAUGGAGCAAGAGGAAGGAGAUGAAGAGGAGGAGAAAGAAACAAAGCCAGAUCCCCUCCACCAACUUAUUCUGCAUUUCAGUCGUACCGCUCUGACAGAAAAGAGUAAACUUGAUACAGAUCAUCUUUAUAUGGCAUAUGCUGACAUUAUGGCAAAGAGUUGUCAUAUUGGUGAGGAAGAAGAAGGGGGAGAGGAAAUGGUGGAAAAUGCUGAGGAUGAGAUGUCCUUUGAGGAAAAAGAAAUGGAGAAACAAAGGCUCCUGUACCAGCAGUCCAGACUCCAUAAUCGUGGUGCUGCCGAGAUGGUUCUGCAAAUGAUCAGUGCCUGCAAAGGUGAGACAGGCCCAAUGGUGACUACAACCCUGAAGCUGGGUAUCUCUAUUCUGAACGGUGGAAACAGCGAGGUUCAACGGAAAAUGCUGGAGUACUUGAAGGAUAAGAAGGAUGUAGGCUUCUUUUUGAGUCUCCAGGCACUGAUGCAGACAUGCUGUGUCCUGGAUCUAAAUGCCUUUGAGAGGCAGAACAAGGCAGAGGGGCUGGGCAUGGUCUCUGAAGAGGGCACUAACUUGAACCUAGAUCGGGAUGAGAAAGUGAUGGCAGAUGAUGAGUUCACCUGUGACCUCUUCCGUUUCUUGCAGCUGCUCUGUGAGGGUCACAAUAAUGAUUUUCAGAACUACUUGCGGACACAGAUUGGCAGCACAACGACCAUCAACAUCAUCAUCUGUACCGUAGACUACCUCCUUCGACUCCAGGAGUCUAUCAGUGAUUUCUACUGGUAUUACUCUGGCAAGGAUGUCAUUGAUGACCCAGGCAAGAAGAAUUUCUCCAAAGCUAUGACUGUGGCCAAGCAGAUUUUCAACAGUCUAACUGAAUAUAUUCAGGGCCCGUGCACCGGCAACCAGCAGUCCCUGGCCCACAGCAGGCUGUGGGAUGCCAUUGUUGGGUUCCUUCAUGUCUUUGCCCACAUGAUGAUGAAGCUGGCUCAGGACUCCAGUCAGAUCGGUCUGCUGAAGGAGCUUCUUGACCUACAGAAAGACAUGGUUGUUAUGUUGCUCUCCCUUUUAGAGGGAAACGUGGUAAACGGUACAAUAGCCCGCCAGAUGGUAGAUAUGUUGGUAGAGUCGUCCAGCAACGUGGAGAUGAUCCUGAAGUUCUUUGACAUGUUCCUCAAACUGAAAGACAUCGUGGCUUCAGACGCUUUCCGGGAUUACGUCACAGACCCUCGAGGGCUGAUCUCCAAGAAGGACUUCCAGAAGGCCAUGGACAGUCAGAAACAGUACUCCCCUUCUGAGAUCCAGUUUCUUUUGUCCUGCUCCGAAGCAGACGAGAACGACAUGAUCCAUUAUGAGGAGUUUGCCAGUCGUUUCCAGGAACCUGCCAAGGACAUCGGGUUCAACAUCGCAGUGCUGCUCACCAACCUGUCUGAGCACGUCCCCCAUGACACCAGGCUACAGAACUUCCUCGAACAAGCAGACAGUGUGCUGAACUACUUCCGCCCCUUCCUGGGCCGCAUUGAAAUAAUGGGCGCCAGCAGAAAAAUUGAGCGUAUCUACUUUGAAAUCAGUGAAGUAAACCGCAGACAGUGGGAGAUGCCCCAGGUCAGAGAGUCCAAGCGCCAGUUUAUCUUUGAUGUUGUCAAUGAGGGUGGCGAAUCAGAGAAGAUGGAGAUGUUUGUCAACUUCUGUGAGGACACCAUCUUUGAGAUGAAUAUAGCCUCCCAAAUUUCAGAGCAGGAGGAGGAGGGGAAGGGCGAAAAAGACGAUGAAGGAGAUGAAGGUGGAGGUGAGGGAGGAACAGGUGCAAGUGGAGGAGGUGAUGAGGACAGCAACGGAGAGGAAGGGCAACCUGAAUCAAGCUCUGCCUUUGCAGACUUCAUUAACAGCAUGAUAAGCUUCUUCAGCAUUUUUACCUUCCGUAACCUUCGCAGACAAUACCGCAGAGUGAGAAAGAUGACCAUCAAAGAGAUUGUAGUGGCUUUGUCCACUUUUUUCUGGACCAUCCUGAUGAGUAUACUGCACUUCAUUUACAAUGUGUGCAAAGGCAUCUUCAUGAUCAUCUGGCAAACGCUGUUUGGAGGGGGCUUAGUGGAAGGAGCUAAAAACAUCACCGUGACCGAGAUUCUAGCGAGCAUGCCAGAUCCCACGCAGGAUGAUGUGCACGGAGAUGGACCAGGGGAGCCGAGGGCAGGGGAGGAGCAAGACACAGGAGGUGUCACGGACACUGGGGAGACUGGUAGUGGAGAGGAGGAAGAGGAGGAUACCCAGGAAAAAGAGGGAGGGAGGAUACCAGGCAUUGAUGCUCCAGGUGGACUUGGAGACAUGGGUGUAGAGUCACCUGUUGAACCUCCAACUCCUGAAGGAACUCCCAUAACAAAGAGGAAAAUGCCACCAGAAGAGGCGGAUGCUAGCCAGAAACCGCCUGAACCUGUUCCUGUAGAGGAACCUCCUCCUGAGCCUGAAAAGGCUGAUGUUGAAACCGGAGAAAAAGCAGAGAAGGAAUCCCAGAGGAAGGAGGAAGAGGAGCCCCAAGCACCAAAGAAAUCUGCGAUAAAAAAAGAGAAGCCGAAAACGGAAGGAGGUUUUCAAAUCUGGACUGAGCUGGAAACCCAAAGAAAUAAAUUUAUGAACUACCUCUCCAGAAACUUCUACAACCUGCGUUUCUUGGCUCUGUUCCUCGCGUUUGCCCUAAACUUCAUCCUGCUGUUCUACAAGGUGUCCGACACCCCGCCUGAGGGUGACGAGAUGGAGGGGUCCGGACUGUCAGAGGGAAGCGGGUUAUUUGAAGGCUCUGGGUUGUUUGAAGGCUCAGGGGAAGAGGUCGAAGGGUCUGGAAUGAGUGAAGGAGGAGAUGAGGACGAGGAAGACGUCCCAAUUUAUUUCUAUUUAGAAGAGAGCACCGGCUACAUGCAGCCCACACUGGCCUUCCUUGCUGCCCUGCACACAGUCAUCUCAUUCAUCUGUAUUAUCGGCUACAACUGUCUCAAGAUUCCGCUGGUGAUCUUUAAGAGGGAGAAAGAACUUGCAAGAAAGCUGGAGUUUGAUGGCCUCUACAUCACUGAGCAGCCUGAGGAUGAUGAUAUUAAGGGCCAGUGGGACCGACUGGUCCUGAAUACACCCUCCUUCCCAAACAACUAUUGGGACAAAUUUGUCAAACGGAAGGUUCUGGAUAAGUAUGGAGACAUCUACGGCAGAGAAAGAAUCGCUGAGCUCCUGGGUGUCGAUCUAGCUUCCCUGGAUGUGAGUCAGCAACAUGAGAAGAAACAGGAGGAACCAGACAACUCUGUGUUCGCAUGGCUGACCUCCAUUGACAUCAAGUACCAGAUCUGGAAAUUUGGUGUUGUGUUCACGGACGGUACUUUCUUAUAUCUCUGCUGGUACACGAUAAUGUCUUUGCUUGGGCAUUACAACAACUUCUUCUUCGCCUGCCACUUGCUGGAUAUUGCCAUGGGGGUCAAGACUCUGCGCACCAUCCUGUCCUCCGUCACACACAACGGCAAACAGCUCAUGAUGACGGUGGGCCUGCUGGCUGUGGUGGUGUACCUUUACACCGUAGUUGCCUUCAAUUUCUUCCGCAAGUUUUACAACAAGAGUGAAGAUGAAGAUGAACCGGAUAUGAAAUGUGACGACAUGAUGACUUGUUACCUGUUCCACAUGUACGUGGGUGUGCGAGCUGGUGGAGGCAUUGGAGAUGAGAUCGAGGAUCCUGCAGGAGAUGAAUACGAGCUCUAUCGAGUGGUCUUUGAUAUAACCUUCUUCUUCUUCGUCAUUGUCAUCCUGCUGGCCAUUAUUCAGGGUCUGAUCAUUGACGCCUUUGGAGAACUCAGAGACCAACAAGAGCAGGUCAAGGAAGACAUGGAGACAAAAUGCUUCAUAUGCGGCAUCGGAAGUGACUACUUUGAUACAACCCCACAUGGCUUUGAGACCCACACUUUAGAUGAACACAACCUGGCCAAUUACAUGUUCUUCUUAAUGUACCUGAUCAACAAAGAUGAGACAGAGCACACUGGGCAGGAGUCAUACGUGUGGAAGAUGUAUCAGGAGCGUUGCUGGGACUUCUUCCCUGCUGGAGACUGUUUUAGAAAGCAAUAUGAGGAUCAACUUUCCUAGCCAACAAGUACUUUUACACACACACAGAAUGAAAGUGACAACUAUUGAACGACUUGUGGUCAUCAUUCCUGACAAAGCACACCACAAAUUGAUUUUGUCAUGAAAAAUGCAGAAUGAUUUGAAUAAAAUAAUGCAGAAUAAAAACGGUUAAGAGCACGAACAUCACAUGAAACAUUGGUAACUUCCAAGCAGAGCAGUUUUCAUUACACAAACCCCAUCUUUAGCAGAUGGCAAGAAACUGCAGCGUCCUCGAAGUGGCUAACAAGAAACUGCCAGUAAAGAAAGACUUUUUAUAUGCAAGUUUUAAGCGUUGUCAUUUAUUUAAUCAUACCGAUAAAUUGGUUUUAACUAGAAGAGGAGAGCAUAAAACCACUGUUUAUGUGAGAAUGUGAUAAAGUGCCUUAGCAGUAGCAUCAAGGAACAUAGGUUCUGGGAAGCUAGCUUUAUGUCUUUAUGUGUAAUCAGUAGUUUUCUUCUAAUUCAUUAUAUAUUUCCUUUGUGAUUAUUGUGUCACUUUUUUUCAGCAUAUCUAUGUGUCUUUGAGUGUUUUUUUCUGUUUAGUUUGCUCCACAUACUGUAGCUUAUAUGUUUGAAUUUAAAUUAUUUUAUUUAUUGUUUUUCAAGACAGCUUAAAGUCUGUGACGGUGAAUAAAUUCUGUGUAAGAAUAAGCUUCAUUGUAAUGACGUUGAUUUGAUCUUGUACUCAUGCUGUGUGUAUAAUGUACGUAUACGACCUACUGUGAUAAGUGGUGAUCAGAAGGUAUUUGAUUUUAGAGGAUUUAACAAUUUGUACAGUUUAUUUUUUUUCUCUUCAAGUUAAGUAUAUAACAAUAAAUGUUUGUGUAACUAUCAGCCAUUAAAUGUGCAGGAUUAAACAUGACAAAAUAUAAAAUUGCACAGGACAUUACUCAACAUCGCCUUAUGGUCUUUUCGUGGCUGCUGGGGUCAGUGUGAUGCUCAAGCUUCCAGGCGUAUUUGUAGCGACAAAAUCUGGUAUUUUAAGCCAAAAUGAUGCUUUACUAACCCAAACCAGGUGUUUUUUGUGCCCAAACGUAACCAGACCUGCUUUGUCACAGCAUAAAAUUGAGACUGAAAUGGAAAAUUGCAACAUUUACGUGGUUUGCAGAAACGUACAAUGCCGACAUUUAUUGUGACGACUGAGUUGCAGGCUGCUGUUGAUGUAUCGUUCAUGCUGAUGGAUUGAUUACAUUUACUAAGUGAAGUAGAUGUGAAUUUGUAUUUGAA